UGCCUCGGUUGCCUCAAUGGAAGCUACGCCACUGGAAUCACUGUCUAGUUUGUCUUGUGAUUUGCAUGCGCGUGAGAGAUAAGGAAAACACACUGGAGCUUCAGAAGGUUGUCACAGAGAAAACAGUGGGAAAUGUGUAAAUAUUCCUAUAUAAGGAUUCCAUUUCUACCAGCCCAACCAUUAUAUACUCAGGAAGGAAACACACAAUACGUGACGCAGAAAAUGAAAUUAAAAAUUCUGGUAUUUCACGAAUUCCUUCCACCAGCAGAUACAAGGAAACAUCGUGAAGAGGGAGGACGAGUAUUCUGUGCGCUCUAGGAGAACAGGGAUAUGGCUUCUAAUUACUGGCUUUGUCACGGGUGCACACAUUCUAACAGACAUAGUCACAAGAAAUGCGUCCAGUGUGGACACAAGAACGACCCCCAGUGGGAUGACGACACAUGGGCAUGUUCUCAGUGUACCUUUAGCAACGAAGGCUAUAAAUCCAAAUGUUCCGCGUGUGGACAACACCGAGGUCAUGGCGGUAGACUCAGCCCUCCAGGACGGAAAAAGGGGCACUCAAAAUACGGAAGAGGGAUUGACGAUGAAGUACGCAUUGUACUCCUGGGAAAAACAGGAAGUGGUAAAAGCGCCACGGGGAAUACCAUCUUAAACGGCGAUUUUUUUAUGUCUUCGACAUCUGCUUCGUCUGUGACAUCACGUUGUACCUGUAAGCAUGCACAGCGGUUUGGCAAGGACAUUCAAGUCGUGGAUACACCAGGGAUAUUUGAUACCAACUCCCCAAAUGAUGUGGUACAGAAAGAGAUUGUCAAAUGUAUCGGGAUUACCUCCCCUGGUCCUCACUGCUUUCUUCUUGUCCUCGGCCCUUCUCGUUUCACACAAGAAGAGGAGGAGAGCAUCGACCACUUUGUCAAUUAUUUUGGACAGAGGGUUUUUCGAUACUUCAUCAUUCUCUUUACCAGGAAAGAUGACCUGGAUCACCACGGUCUAACAUUGGAUGAUCACAUCAGAAGUGUUCCACAAAGCCUGAAGACCAUCAUCCAAAAAUGUGACCGUCGCUGUAUUGCCUUCAACAAUCGGGCCCCAAGUCCUGCACGACAUGACCAAGUCGAAGAUCUGUUGGAGAUGAUCGACGCCAAUAUUCGCCAGAAUAGGGGAGAGUGUUACACGAACGGCAUGUACUCAGAGGCCGAGAAAGUAAUGAAACAGAGACAGUACCAGAUCGAGAAGAGAAGGGAACGGCAACGAGAUCGAGAGAGAAAAGAACUGGAACGUGAAAUUGAGAAAAAGUACAAAAGCCAAAUGCACGAUCAUUCCAGAAACCAAAGCGCUCUAGAAAACCGAGUAGCAGAAAUGGAGUCAAAGCGAGAUUAUUAUUUGAACCGAUCUUCAGCUCUUCAGCAAGAGAUCCUUGACCUUGAAGAUGAGAUAGCUGAUGAGAGAAGGCAGUAUGGAUCCCCCAGUUCUCAAAAUCUGGCGAAACUUAGGAAUUUGAACGAUGAGCGGUCAAGACUAGGGUCCAGCGAUCAAAAGGCAAUGGAAAAAGAGAUAGAUGAUCUCAGGAAGGAGCUGAAGCACAUGCACAAACGUUCCAAGAAAAUGUCAAAAGAAAAGGAUAGAGUGUAUCAAGAAAAGCUAGAGGAGCAUGACCGAAGAUUUCAACAGAUGGAGAAUGCGCGUCAAGAGCUACCACGUGAUCGCGGAAGGCGCGGACGUGGAAGAGGAAGGAGGUCACAGGGCAGCAGAUACAAACAUCUAACACCGACUGAGCUAGGACAGCAACUAGCAACCACACUAUGAUUUAUUUUGUACACAUAUAAUGAAUGAUAUAAAAAUAACCAAAUCGCA